AUGUUCCAUUACGAUAUCUUUGAGCCUUUCCCUGUGCCUGCUCCCAUUGGUCAGUGCUACGGGGACACAGUGAGUUACUUCCUGGUCUGCCAAGCUCACAGCUAGUGGUCAGACAGAGGGCUGGACGUGGAAUUAAUAAUAAUAAUAUUAAUAAUAAUAAUAAUAAUAAUAAUAAUAAUAUGCCAUUUAGCAGACGCUUUUAUCCAAAGCGACUUACAGUCAUGCGUGCAUACAUUUUUUUGUGUAUGGGUGGUCCCGGGGUUCGAACCCACUACCUUGGCGUUCCAAGCGCCGUGCUCUACCAGCUGAGCUACAGUACUGCUAAAGGAAGCCAGUAGGCCUACGCCAGGCAGUGUUCAUAUUUUAGAGCAAAUAUUCCCAUACGUUUAAAAAAGUUAUGCACGCAUUACUAAGUUGCUUUGGAUAAAAGCGUCUGCUAAAUGGCAUAUAUAUAUAUAUAUAUAUACACAGUACCAGCCAAAAGUUUGGACACACCUACUCAUUCCAGGGUUUUUCUUUAUUUUUACUAUUUUCUACAUUGUAGAAUAAUAGUGAAGACAUCAACACUAUGAAAUAACACAUAUGGAAUCAUGUAGUAACCAAAACAGUGUUAAACAAAUCAAAAUAUAUUUUAUAUUUUAUUUUAUAUAUAAGUAGCCACCCUUUGCCUUGAUGACAGCUUUGCACACUCUUGGCAUUCUCUCAACCAGCUUCAUGAGGUAGUCACUGUUCUCUCAACCAGAUAGUUAGUAUUCUCUCUAAUACACACUCUAGCUGAACAGUAACCCAGGCAACCAGAGGUAGAUUCACCCAGGCAACCAGAGGUAGAUUUAACCAGGCAACCAGAGGUAGAUUUAACCAGGCAACCAGAGGUAGAUUUAACCAGGCAACCAGAGGGAGAUUCACCCAGGCAACCAGAGGUAGAUUUAACCAGGCAACCAGAGGUAGAUUUAACCAGGCAACCAGAGGUAGAUUUAACCAGGCAACCAGAGGUAGAUUUAACAAGUCAGCAAAUAGAGGUAGAUUUAACCAGGCAACCAGAGGUAGAUUUAACCAGUCAGCAACCAGAAGUAGAUUUAACCAGGCAACCAGAGGUAGAUUUAACCAGGCAUCCAGAGGUAGAUUUAACCAGUCAGCAACCAGAGGUAGAUUUAACCAGUCAGCAACCAGAGGUAGAUUUAACCAGUCAGCAACCAGAGGUAGAUUUAACCAGGCAUCCAGAGGUAGAUUUAACCAGGCAACCAGAGGUAGAUUUAACCAGGCAACCAGAGGUAGAUUUAACCAGGCAACCAGAGGUAGAUUUAACCAGGCAACCAGAGGUAGAUUUAACACACACACACACACACACAACUAUUCCCUGUAGUCUUAAAAAAACAUUCCCCCUUCACAUAUACACAGACACACACACAAAAGCAUGCACACACACACACACAGACACACAGGAGCAUGAGUUAACCAGCGUAAAUUAACUUUACACUCUGUUGUUGUGGGGCCCUAAGGGUUAACUACUGCAGCUAACACCACAUGUUCCCCUUAGCUGGGUUUCUGUUGCUUCAACGUUUCCAUUUGCUUUGAUCUGCUAAAAUGUCUACCACAACAACAGAAGGACACAGUAUAAACACGGUAUAAUUAGUCUUUCAGGCUCAACGAAGGUCUACGGUAGACAGAGAAGAACAGUACCAUUUUAAAAACUAGUCAGCCAAACUGAACCGAGGAGAGCUGUAGGGCACUGGCCCGGUUACACAUCCACCAUAGUCGCCGGAACUGUGACUUGAAAAGACAAUGUGGGGGGGAAAGAUCUGAGCCAGCACAUGUCUGUUUGGGUUAGCACGAUGAAGAGACUGUAGGAAUAGUGUGUGUGUGUGUGUGUGUGUGUGUGUGUGUGUGUGUGUGUGUGUGUGUGUGUGUGUGUGUGUGUGUGUGUGUGUGUAGUUGGGGAAUGGCUAGGUGGAGGUGAAUAGUGUGUGUGUGUGUGUGUGUGUGUGUGUGUGUGUGUGUGUGUGUGUAGUUGGGGAAUGGCUAGGUGGAGGUGACGCCACACUACACACAUUCUGCAGUGGGACCGAAGCCUAUAUAACACCUGCUAGUGCUGUUGGUUGGACAGAACACAAUAUUUGUGUGUGGACACAAUUAUGAUUUUUAUUGUAUUGUUUGUGUGUGUGUGCAUACUUGUUUACAUGCGUGUGUAUGUGACUCAAGUCCGAUGCUUGUCAAAUGUAAAAUUAGCAUUAGCCAAGCUGGAUGGAGCGGAACAUUACAUAUUGACUUGCUGAUGAAGCAGUACCCCAUAUUGCUCCGGCUAAUCAUACCUGUUGGCUCUGCAGCAGAGGAGAGAGAGAUAGAGGGGAGAGAGGGGAGAGAGAGAAGAGAGAGAGAGAGAUAGAGAGAGAGAGAGAGGAGAGAGCUAGAGAGAGAGAGAGAGAGAGAGAGCAGAGAGAGAGAGAUAGAUCAUCGCGGCAGCGCGCCUAGUCCCGUUACGUCUUAGCGGCAUCGUGGUCGUGUGCGAUUUCUCUCUCGCUCCUCUCUCUCUCUCUCUCUCUUCUCUUUCUCUCUCUCUCUCCUCCUCUCUCUCUCAUCUCUAUCUCUCUCUCUCCUCUCGCGCUCUUCCUCUCUCUCUCUCUCUCCUUCUUUCUUUUUCUCUCUCUCUCUCUCUUCUCUCUCUCUCUCUCUCUCUCCUCUUCCCCCUUUUUCCUUUUUAUUUUAAUUCAAGUCCCUUCCUUCUAAAUGAGUGUCUCUUGUCCCUGGUCCCUUUUCUUUGUAACAGCAUGAGGCAUCUGCCCCUUCUCUGAACUACAUUAUCACCAUGUUGUACUGAACUACAGUACAUUACCACCCUGUACUGGACUACAGUACAUUACCACCCUGUACUGGACUACAUUAUCACUCUCUGUACUGGAUCUGUAUGCGCCAUCAUGGGACAUUGAUCUUAUUUACUUACAGUGCAUUCGGAAAGUAUUCAGACGACUUGACUUUUUCCACAUUUUGUUACGUUACAGCCUUAUUCUAAAAUUGAUUAAAUAAAUAAAAAUAAUCAUCAAUCUACACACAAUACCCCAUAAUGACAAAGCAAAAAUACGUUUUUAGAAAUUUUUGAAAAUGUUUUAUUAAUACAAAACGUAAAUAUGACAUUUACAUAAGUAUUCAGUACUUUGUUGAAGCACCUUUGGCAGCGAUCCUCAAGUCUUCUUGGGUAUGAAGCUACAAGCUCGGCACACAACUCAGGGGUGUGAAUACAAUGUAAAUGAGAUAUUUCUGUAUUUCAUUAUCAACAAAUGUGCUAAAAUUUCUAAAAACAUGUUUUCACUUUGUCAUUAUGGGAUUGUCACUUUGUCUCUAUUUAAUCCAUUUUGAAUUCAGGCUGUAAGAACAAAAAUGUGGAAUAAGUGAAGGGGUAUGAAUCGUUUCUGAAGGCACUGUUUGUCCGUGGAGGUUGUCUCUACACACAGUGUCUGGCUUGAGAUUUCCCAGUCUCUCUCUCUCCACACACACACAUCUCUUCUGCCUCUCUGAUGCAAGCUGCUCUCCAGCGUUACCAAUGGUUAACAAAACACUACGUCAAACACUGUGAGUGUGUAUGCUAUGAGAUGUAUACGAGUGUGUGUAUGUUAUGAAUAAAGACGCUGAGUUUGUGUGCGUGUGUGUGUGUGUGUGUGUGUGUGUGUGUGUGUGUGUGUGUGUGUGUGUGUGUGUGUGUGUGUGCAUGUUAUGAAUGAAGAAGUACUUAAAGAGUGGGUAGAGAGCAUUUUAAAUAAGAGGUUCUGUUGAUGGUCUGCUGAUAGAGGUUCUGUUGAUGGUCUGCUGAUAGAGGUUCUGUUGAUGGUCUGCUGAUAGAGGUUCUGUUGAUGGUCUGCUGAUAGAGGUUCUGUUGAUGGUCUGCUGAUAGAGGUUCUGUUGAUGGUCUGCUGAUAGAGGUUCUGUUGAUGGUCUGCUGAUAGAGGUUCUGUUCUGUUAUUAUGCAUGCGUUAAACAUUUUCUCACAGAAAAUCCAUCUAAGGGCAUGUUUCUUUUUGCGUGCUUCACCGUCUGUUUCCCCUCAUAUGUUAUUCCUCUCUUUUUCUUUCAACACUUUUUACACAUUUAGCCACAAAACCCUCUGGAGUAUCAUGGAGUCAGCCACUUAAAAUGGAAUAGAUCUCUCUCUCCUCUCUCCCUCUCCCCCCUCUCUCCUCUCUUCCCUUUCCCCCCUCUCCUCUCUCUCUCCCUCCUCUCCUCCCUCUCUCCUCUCUCCCUCUCUCUCUCGCUCUCCCUCUCCUCUCUCUCUCCUCUCUCCCUCCUCUCUCCCUCCUCUCCUCUCUCCCUCGCUCCCUCUCUCCUCUCUCCUCUCCUCUCCUCCUCUCUCCUCCUCCCCCCGCUCUCCCCUCUCUCCUCUCUCUCUCUCCCACCUCUCUCUCUCCCCUCCCUCCUCUCUCCCGCCUCUCUCUCUCUUCUCUCCCUCCUCUCUCCCUCCUUUCUCUCCCUCUCUCUCUCUCUACUAAGGGAGGGGGAUUUUCCUUUUUGAAUAUCGUUUGGGAGUAAAUCCUGGCUAAGCAUGUUCUGUCAAGACAGUCUAACCCGCUGCCUGUAGAUCAUCAGUACUACAUGGGUUCAAUUCCCCUGCUCUAGAACUUUCUCUCUCUCCUCCUUCCUGUCCUACUAUCCUAUGGGAGGGACAGAUUUCUGUUUUGAUCACUAGAAGUAGUACCUUCUGUAACCAUACGUUACAGAGUGAAGUAUAACGGUCUGAUAACGGUCUGAUAACGGUCUGAUAACGGUCCGUCUCUGCUGCAGGGCAUGGCUGGUAUAAAGUUCAGCUUUGACGAAACUGUGGUUGCCUGGUCUCUGGUUGCCAACAGUUAAACCGUGGUUGCCUGGUCUCUGGUGGUAUGCUGAUAGAGGUUAUGUUGAUGGUAUGCUGAUAGAGGUUCUGUUGAUGGUAUGCUGAUAGAGGUUCUGUUGAUGGUAUGCUGAUAGAGGUUCUGUUGAUGGUCUGCUGAUAGAGGGUCUGUUGAUGGUAUGCUGAUAGAGGUUCUGUUGAUGGUAUGCUGAUAGAGGUUCUGUUGAUGGUAUGCCGAUAGAGGUUCUGUUGAUGGUCUGCUGAUAGAGGCCCUAUGGUUCCUGGUCAAAAGUAGUGCACUAUAUAGGGGAUAGGGUGCCUUUUGGGAUGCACACAAUGUCCUUUAAUGCUAGAUUAAGUCUUACAGUAAGCAGAACAGAGGUAAAUGUUCUCCUGACCUUCUGAAAGCCUGCAUGCUGGGUGCUGCUUGGAACUCUAUGCCAAAUGUGUGUGUGUGUGUGUGUGUGUGUGUGUGUGUGUGUGUGUGUGUAUGUGUGUGUGUGUGUGUAUGUGUGUGUGUGUAAGAAACGGCCAUCUGAAAAAUCACAGUUUUGAUGAAUCAGCGUUCCACCUAGCGUGGUGGGAUAAUCUCCGUCAUAACACCUGUAUAUGUAUUCUAUUAAACAAUGUAGUUCAAAAGAAGAAUACGAUGGUCGCGUCACAAAUGGCACCCUAUUCCCUAUAUAGUGCACUACUUCUCACCAGAGCUAUUCCCUUUAUAGUCCACUACUUUGACCAGGGCCCACAAGGCUCUGGUUAAAGGUAGUGCACUAUGUAGGGAAUAGGGUGCCAUUAUGGACGCAGACACUGCCUAGCCUUCCCACUGUAGCUAUGUACUGUUUACCUCAAAAGACUGGCUACAAGUUACUCUCUCUGGCUUCCUGGCUGAAGGCAGAGAUGGCCUCUGACUGUGCAAGACUACCUUGGGUCUGUGAUGCAUCCAGAGACUCUCUUUCCUGUCAGCUAACUUGUCUUAGUCACUUUGGCUUUGUCGCGAUUGUCUAAAAAGCGCUGACCGGAGUGACCUUUCAGCUCUGUUGUUCUGUUAUUAUGCAUGCGUUAAACAUUUUCUCACAGAAAAUCCAUCUAAGGGCAUUUUUCUUUUUGCGUGCUUCACCGUCUGUUUCCCCUCAUAUGUUAUUCCUCUCUUUUUCUUUCAACACUUUUUACACAUUUAGCCACAAAACCCUCUGGAGUAUCAUAGAGUCAGCCACUUAAAAUGGAAAUAGAUCUCUCUCUCCUCUCUCCCUCUCCCCCCUCUCUCCCUCUCCUCUCUCCCCCCCUCUCUCCCUCUCCUCUCUCCUCUCUCUCUCACCUCUCUCUCCUCUUUCCCUCCUCUCCUCUCCUCUCUCUCUCUCUCCCUCUCCUCUCUCUCUCCUCUCUCCCUCUCCUCUCUCCUCUCUCCCUCUCUCCCUCACCUCUCUCUCUCCUCUUUCCCUCCUCUCUCCCGCCUCUCUCUCUCUUCUCUCCCUCCUCUCUCCCUCCUUUCUCUCCCUCUCUCUCUCUACUAAGGGAGGGGGAUUUUCCUUUUUGAAUAUCGUUUGGGAGUAAAUCCUGGCUAAGCAUGUUCUGUCAAGACAGUCUAACCCGCUGCCUGUAGAUCAUCAGUACUACAUGGGUUCAAUUCCCCUGCUCUAGCACUUUCUCUCUCUCCUCCUUCCUGUCCUACUAUCCUAUGGGAGGGACAUAUUUCUGUUUUGAUCACUAGAAGUAGUACCUUCUGUAACCAUACGUUACAGAGUGAAGUAUAACGGUCUGAUAACGGUCUGAUAACGGUCCGUCUCUGCUGCAGGGCCUGGCUGGUAUAAAGUUCAGCUUUGACGAAACUGUGGUUGCCUGAUCUCUGGUCGCCAAAAGUUAAACUGUGGUUGCCUGAUCUCUGGUCGCCAAAAGUUAAACCGUGGUUGCCUGGUCUCUGGUCGCCAACAGUUAACUCUCCUCGUGCCUGCUCCUUUCAUUGAAAAAAUUAUUUCUGGUAGUUUUCUCACUCAGAGUAUUACCUGGUGUAGCUAUAGAGUUACUAAGUAAGUGAUAACUGUCUCUCCUUACUACAGGGCCUGUCUCUGGGCCACACACGUCAGCUCCAGGUUUAAAACAGCCAGAAGUGCCUCUCCUACAGGGACUUGGUGGCAUUCAAUCCAAAGAAAUCAUAUUAUACACAGCUGCUUUAAAUGCCACGUAAUUCAACAGGGAACUGUGGCCUUUAUAGAAACAAAUACGAAGCAUGACCAUCGUGGCCUUCUCUAUUCACUGUCUGUCUGUCUGUCUGGCCUGCUAACACUAUGGUUCAUUCACUAACACACAGUACUAUUAACACUAUGGUUCAUUCACUAACACACAGUACUAUUAACACUAUGGUUCAUUCACUAACACACAGUACUGCUAACACUAUGGUUCAUACACUAACACAAGAGGCACAUGUCUGUUAAUUGUUUGUAGUUUUGCCCUUCAGGGACCAUUUCUAGUCUAUUCUCUUCUAUUCUCCGAGUGUGUUCAGUACGAUGAUCCUGAUGUGAUGUUUUUCGUCUGACCCUCAGGAUUCACCCCAGCCUCCUCCACCCCGGCAACCUCCCACACGGCAGAGCCAGCCGGGGUCAAGGCCAAGGUCAAGGCCAAGGCCAAGGCCACGGUCACGGACACGGACACGGGAGCGGCUCGAUCUCUGCAUCGUCCUCUGUGAGCACCAUACAUCAGGCCAAGCCUUCACUACGCAGGAUCAAGGGACGCAUCCACAGGAGCAAGAGCCUGGACAGCAUCGACCUGCUGGACUCCAACGUAAGUGAAGACCCUACGUGACAUGGACCAUUCCUAUUACAUCAAGCCCUUAAAUAAUCAUAUGGUAAUUUAGCAGACGCUUUUAUUCAAACAGUCGGAACUUGCAACAUUUACAGAUUCAAUAUGACACCACAUGCCAUGUCCAUAUUUAUAUGAGCUAGUCACAUAGCCCUAACUAAUUAUAUGGUAAUUUAGCAGACGCUCCUAUCCAAAGUGACUUACAGCACAAUGAGUCAGUGCAUACAUUUUUUUGUAUAUGGACCAAUGUACAUGUUUAUAUGAGCUAGCUACAUGUUGCCCCUAAGUAAUGAUAUGUUUAAUAUCCAGAGUGAUUUACUGAACUGUCAGCAUUGGUAGUGACACAUUCAGUGCAUAUGGCCCAUGCUGGAAUUGAACUAACAGUCACUCUGCCGCACUGAGACAUUGGAACCACAGUCACUCUGCCGCACUGAGGCAUUGGAACCACAGUCACUCUGCCUCACUGAGACAUUGGAACCACAGUCACUCUGCCUCACUGAGGCAUUGGAACCACAGUCACUCUGCCUCACUGAGACAUUGGAACCUCAGUCACUCUGCCUCACUGAGACAUUGGAACCUCAGUCACUCUGCCUCACUGAGACAUUGGAACCUCAGUCACUCUGCCUCACUGAGACAUUGGAACCUCAGUCACUCUGCCUCACUGAGACAUUGGAACCUCAGUCACUCUGCCUCACUGAGACAUUGGAACCUCAGUCACUCUGCCUCACUGAGACAUUGGAACCUCAGUCACUCUGCCUCACUGAGACAUUGGAACCUCAGUCACUCUGCCUCACUGAGACAUUGGAACCACAGUCACUCUGCCGCACUGAGGCAUUGGAACCACAGUCACUCUGCCGCACUGAGACAUUGGAACCACAGUCACUCUGCCUCACUGAGACAUUGGAACCACAGUCACUCUGCCUCACUGAGACAUUGGAACCACAGUCACUCUGCCUCACUGAGACAUUGGAACCACAGUCACUCUGCCUCACUGAGACAUUGGAACCUCAGUCACUCUGCCUCACUGAGACAUUGGAACCACAGUCACUCUGCCUCACUGAGACAUUGGAACCAACAGUACACUCUGCCUCACUGAGACCAUGGAACCUCAGUCACUCUGCCUCACUGAGGCAUUGGAACCACAGUCACUCUGCCACACUGAGGCAUUGGAACUACAGUCACUCUGCCUCACUGAGACAUUGGAACCACAGUCACUCUGCCGCACUGAGGCAUUGGAACCACAGUCACUCUGCCGCACUGAGGCAUUGUAACUACAGUCACUCUGCCUCACUGAGACAUUGGAACCACAGUCACUCUGCCGCCCUGAGGCAUUGUAACUACAGUCACUCUGCCUCACUGAGACAUUGGAACCACAGUCACUCUGCCGCCCUGAGGCAUUGGAACUACAGUCACUCUGCCUCACUGAGACAUUGGAACCUCAGCCAGGUUCAGGUUCAUGGCCAUCCUUGGUUCAGAGCCAGGCUGAGAGCAUAAAGGCUGUCCGUCUGUCUGUCCAGAGCCAGGCUGAGAGCAUAAAGGCUGUCAGAGCCAGGCUGAGAGCAUAAAGGCUGUCCGUCUGUCUGUCCAGAGCCAGGCUGAGAGCAUAAAGGCUGUCCGUCUGUCUGUCCAGAGCCAGGCUGAGAGCAUAAAGGCUGUCCGUCUGUCUGUCCAGAGCCAGGCUGAGAGCAUAAAGGCUGUCCGUCUGUCUGUCCUCACAGAAGGGAGAGACUCAGAGUGA